CACCAAAUAUACAAAAAUAUUACUUACAAAAUACCUAAGUCUCUCUCUCUCUCUCUCUCUAAAACUUUCCACAUAAGACCAAGACAAUUACAAAGUCCUUGUACAACACGUCCACCUUAUAAUAUACUCUUCCUUCCACCUCUAUUUCCUCACUGCAAAAAACAAACAAACUCAACAAUGAAACCUUGCAUGGUUUUUCUCUUUGUCUUGUUCUUUCUUCAUAGCUAUGUUCAAGGACGUUUUGUGGUAGAGAAAAACAGCAUAACGGUUCUAUCACCACAUAAACUAAGAGGUAAAAACGAUGGUGCUAUAGGAAACUUUGGUAUUCCAAAUUAUGGAGGGUAUAUUGUAGGGUCACUUGUUUAUCCUGAAAAAGGCUCUCAUGGUUGUCAAGUCUUUGAAGGUGAUAAGCCUUUCAAGUUUCAGUCUCAUCGUCCUACUAUUGUUCUUCUUGAUCGUGGAGAGUGUUAUUUUGCCUUAAAGGUAUGGCAUGCUCAACUAGCUGGAGCCGCAGCAGUUUUAGUGGCUGACAGCAUUGAUGAGUCACUGAUAACUAUGGAUUCUCCUGAGGAGAGCACCGAUGCCGAAGGCUACAUAGAGAAGAUUGUAAUUCCAUCAGUACUAGUAGAGAAAUCCUUUGGUGAUUCAUUGAAAGAAGCUUUAAACAACAAAGAUGAAGUUUUGCUAAGAAUAGAUUGGAGGGAAUCGGUACCUCACCCUGACAAUCGAGUGGAGUAUGAGUUCUGGACCAACAGCAACGACGAAUGUGGUGCACGUUGCGAUGAACAGAUGAAUUUUGUGAAGAAUUUCAAGGGUCAUGCUCAGAUUCUUGAGAGAGGUGGAUAUACACUGUUCACUCCACACUAUAUAACAUGGUUUUGUCCAAAGCCAUUUGUUGAAACCAGUCAGUGCAAGUCUCAAUGUAUAAACCACGGAAGAUAUUGUGCGCCGGAUCCAGAGAAGGAUUUUGCUGAGGGAUAUGAAGGGAAGGAUAUAGUGUAUGAGAAUUUGAGGCAGCUCUGUGUUCAUAGAGUAGCGAACGAGACCGGCCGUUCGUGGGUUUGGUGGGAUUAUGUGACAGAUUUUCAUGUUAGAUGUUCCAUGAAGGAGAAAAAAUACAGCAAAGAUUGUGCUGAAGUUGUCAUGAAAUCAUUAGAUCUUCCACUUGACAAAAUUAAGAAAUGUGUUGGUGAUCCUGAAGCUGAUGUGGAGAAUGAAGUGCUAAAGAUUGAACAAACAUCACAGAUUGGAGGAGGAUCUCGUGGCGAUGUCACCAUUUUGCCAACAUUGGUUUUAAACAAUGUCCAGUAUAGAGGAAAAUUGGAGAGAACAUCUGUCUUGAAGGCUAUAUGUGCUGGAUUUAAGGAGACUACUGAGCCUCAAGUCUGUUUAAGUGGAGAUAUUGAAACUAAUGAGUGUCUUGAAAGAAAUGGAGGAUGCUGGGAAGACAGAAAUGUUAAUGUAACUGCUUGCAAGGAUACUUUCAGGGGAAGAGUUUGCGAGUGUCCUGUUGUGAAAGGUGUUCAGUAUAGGGGUGAUGGUUAUACGUCAUGUGAAGCUUUUGGACCUGCAAGAUGUUCUUUAAACAAUGGAGGUUGUUGGUCAGAAACUAGAGAUAAAAUUACUUUCUCCGCUUGUUCAGAAUCCAAGGUAAAUGGUUGUCACUGCCCAGUUGGAUUUGACGGAGACGGUAAUAAUAAAUGUGAAGAUGUUGAUGAAUGCAAGGAAAAAAGUGCUUGUCAGUGUGAUGACUGCAGUUGUAAGAACACUUGGGGUAGUUAUGAUUGUAAGUGCAAAGGAGGUCUUCUAUAUAUGAAGGAACAAGAUAUGUGUAUUGAAAGAAGUGGAUCAAAAUUUGGAAAGGUCGUUGCCUUUGUGGUCAUAGCAGUUGUUGUGGGAGCUGGUCUAGCUGGUUACGUGUUCUACAAGUAUAGACUAAGGUCUUACAUGGACUCGGAGAUUAUGGCUAUUAUGUCACAAUACAUGCCACUGGACCAGCAAAAUAAUGUAGUUCAUGCUGAAUCCGAGCCUUUACGACAAGGCAAUGUGUAAGAAAACAAGACAUAUAAUAAGCAAUAAUAGCCAAGGGAUCCGGUUGAACAGUAUCAUCCACGUGAGAGAAGAUUGGCUAUAUAUUUGCUUUUGAGUCCAUUUCACAGCUAAGGAAAAUUCAGUACUUUUACUGUAGGAAACUUUUGUGAAACAUUGUAUACAUGUACACAUAUAGAAAUUUCUUCCAUAGAAUAAUAUUGAUAUCUAAUUUUCACAGUUUGUAAAUAGAUAUAUUGAGAUGUAAAUGAACACGUACGUGAGAAUUGAGAUGUCGAUAAAAAAAAGUUACCAACUCAAAUCAUCUGUGUUUCUGGCCUAAAAUGUAAACCAGGUGAGGAGGAGUUUGGAUCUCUUUGUUAGAGUUUUAUGUCUACAGCCCUACUGCUAUGCUGCUCCAA